AUGCUUGAAGAAAAGGAAAUAAAUAAGGGUUGUAAUAUGCAAGAAGCGAAACAGCAAUUUGCUGUUGAUUUAGCUGUAAAAGCUAUGGAUACAUAUACUGUUGAAAGAGAUAUUGCACGUUAUAUUAAAAACAAAUUUGAUGAAACAUACGGUUCGAAUUGGCACUGUAUUGUCGGUAAAAACUUUGGAAGAAAGCAUGAAAUUUCAGUGAAUCAUUGUGAAUCAAAUAUUAAUACCUAUAAACGAGAUAUUAAUAAGAAAGACAAUAAAUAA